AUGCCUUGGUCGCACAGGCCUCUGGAGCCCUGCUACCUGUCAUGUGUGCUGGCAGUAUGUGCAUCUGUUUGUCAAACUGAAGACUUUCCUUCCUCUCUUAAGCUGUUAGCUGCUGCUUUACAGGAGAAAAGGGGCAAUAGUAAUGGACACUAUUGCCAGUGGUGGUCUGAGAAUGUAAAGACACAGAGGCAUUUUAGCUGUGAAAGCAUCACAUCUAAUCUGCCUGUACCUACUAUUGCUGCAAUAGAUGGAACUGCCUUAGGUGGUGGCCUAGAACUUGCAUUAGCCUGUGAUAUACGGGUGGCAGCAUCUUCUGCUAAAAUGGGCCUAGUUGAAACAAAGUUGGCGAUCAUUCCAGGUGCAGGGGGGACACAAAGAUUACCUCGCACAAUUGGAGUGUCGUUGGCAAAAGAACUAAUCUUCUCUGCACGCAUUGUAGAUGGCGAGGAAGCAAAAUCAAUAGGAUUGAUUAGCCAUGUAGUAGAACAGAAUGAAGCAGGGGAUGCUGCAUACAGAAGAGCAUUAGCUCUGGCAAGAGAAUUCUUACCUCAGGGACCAGUAGCAAUGAGAGUUGCAAAACUGGCUAUCAAUCAGGGAAUGGAGGUCGACUUAGUAACAGGUUUAGCAAUUGAAGAAGCUUGUUACGCUCAGACUAUCCCAACAAAAGAUAGAAUUGAAGGCCUACUUGCAUUUAAGGAGAAGAGACCUCCUCGCUACAAGGGAGAAUAAAAGAAUCUGAUGCCUUUAAAAUACAGGGGGAUAAAAGUACUUCUAUGAGGACCAUUAAGGUGCACUUUGCAUCCGCACCUGGAAUAUCACAAUCACCAAAGUAACAGCAAAUCAUACAGAUGUUACAACAUUUUGAAUGUGUUCAUACUUGUACGAAAUCAAGAUAGAAAUGUGUGUCAGCUCAUGCUCAUUACAGUUUCUGAUGGUUGAUCUGUGUGUUGGCAAAGUUACAGGUUCAUGCAGCAUUUUUAAAAUUUCACGUGUAGGAAACAUGCCAUUCCACAAUUGAAAAAACUCUGUAAUUCUUUACAUAGACAAAAUGUAACUGUGAUGUUAAGCAUAAGUCUGCUGUAUCAUUUUAUCAAAACAAAAGCAACUACUGAACACCAAAAAUAAGAAAUUGUACCAAAUAUGCAUUUAAAUUAUUCUGUAUAUCAGUAAAAAUCAUAUUUGAGUAUUCUAUCAGAAUAUGUAUAUUAUUAAUAAAGGUAAGGGAAAUGAAAAGGAUGAUCAUUUAGAAAACGUUAUGCUUUGUUUAUCUUACUUACUCUAUCCUAAGCAAAAUGAAAUUCACUUUAGCACUUAAUGGUGUCCUUUUGAUAAAGUUGUUGCCAUUAUAUUCAUUUAAUUGUAUUAAAUGAAGACAUUUUCGAGGCCAGCCUUUAAUUAUACAUUCAUGUCUGUUAAACCUGUCUUUGUCUUGCAUUUUUCCAACAUUUCAUCUGAUCAGCACUGUAAUGCAACUUUAUUUCACUUUCCCAGUUAUUUUAAAUUUUUGAUGAUUGUAUUAAAGAUGGUUGUGUGGGGAUAUGACCAAUGUGCUGUAAUAGAACCUAGAAUUAUCUUAAUCUCCAGAAUAUUCUUUUUGCAAGUUUUAUGAAUGUAUAUUUAUAUACAACACGGAUGAUGUUGAAAGGUUCUUUAUUUUGUGGUGGCCUCAGAGUUUUUUUCAUACCUUGCAAGAGAAAUGCAGUAGGUUUCGAGGUAAGGAAACUUGUGAUUCAUACUGUAUAUUUGCGGUGGACGCAGCAUAUACGGCAAAUGUCUGGAAAUAACCUCGUAGAAAGUAUUUUUGUUAAUUUGACUGGAAAAUAAACAUGGCUUAGCAGUCCAA